AUGGAACAAAUUUUUGGAAAUUCUGUUUCACAUAACAAUUAAAUAGCUUUAUAAGAUUAUUUUGCUUAUUCAGCAGGCUAAAAGGUUGUGUAUUAUUCAAUCGAAAAUAAUGAAUAAUUAAACUUUUUUAUUGGAUAAGCUUAAGUAAAUUCCAUACUUAUUUCCAGAGAUGGUAAUCUAAUAUUUACAGGAGAAUAAAGUUUUAAAAGUCCAGCAAUUAAUAUUUAUAAAAUAACUACAGAUAAAAUCCUUUAACCUGUUCAUAGAUUAAUUGGUCAUAAAUUUGGAAUAAAACAAUUAUUAGAAUCUCCUAUAAAACCAUUUUUAUUUUCACUUGGAACAGAAUAAGAUAAAACAUUAUUUUUAUGGGAUUUAUAAACAAAUAAAAGUUUGGCUAUCAAUAAGCUACAGAAUAAAGUGAAUUCAAUUAGAUUUUCAAAAACAGGUACUAUCUUAAUUAGUACAGGUUAAUCUCAUUUACAAUAUUGGUAAUUUCGUUAAGAUGGAACUCCAAUAUUUGAAGGAUUAACUUUAUAAUCCAAAAGUUUUUAAUUAUUUGAUUAAUUUGUAUAAAAAAAUUACAUAGAUUGUUUUAUUGAUGAUAAUGUUUAUGCAUUCACAUCAGAUGCUAUAUUAUGUAUUUUUUCUUUGGUUACAAAAUAAUUAAUGUCUUUUAUGCAAUUAGAUUUAAUUUAAUUAUUAACUUACACCUUUAAUGGAACAUACUUUUUUUUUGGAAGUACUAAUUCUAAAAUUUAAAUAUGUGAUACUGAAUUGUAACAUGUUUCUUUUCUCACUUAUAAUAAUUAAAUUAAAAAUGAAUAUGAUUGCAUAGGGAUUGAAGCAAAUGAUGUUUAUUUGAUCUCUGUUUAUAGAAAUAAAAAUAUUGCAAUUUGGAACAUAAAAUCUAUUAAUAAGAUUGAAUAAAUAAGAGUUCUUUAUAGUCAUACUAAUUUAAUUAAUGAUUUAAUUGUUCUUAAACCUUAAUCAAUAUAAGAAGUAUCAUUCUUUGCUUCAAUUAGUGAAUAAAAUUUGGCCAUUUGGCAUACUAAUUCUAAUUUGAAUUAAAUUAAGAAAUUUAAUAUGCAUAAUAAUGUAACUUAUUUAGAAUAAUUUAAAUCUGAUUUUCAAUAUAAUGAAUUAAGGUGUCUUUCUUAAUCAAGUGAUGGAUAAUAUUUAGCUAUUGGAGACACUUAUGGAUUAUUGAAAAUCUUUUCAUUUGUCAAUUUUAAAUAAUUGGCUUCUGUGCAAGCUCAUACUUUGAAAAUAACAGUAAUUUAAUACUGGACUUUCAAUAAUUGUUUUAUGACAGGAUCAGAGGAUAAAACUAUAGCCAUAUAUGAGAAAUCAAAUUUUAAAAAUUAUAAACUUCUUUCACAUCAUUCUGAUUCAAUUCUUAAUAUUUUUACUUAUUAAAAUAAGAUCAUUACAUAUUCAAAAGAUAAAUAUUUAAUAUUUUUGGAAUAUUCAUAAUAAAAUUAUAAUGUUUACCAUAAAUCUUAAUUGAAUAGAAUAAAUUCAAUUGAUUAAGAUUAAAACCUUUUAUUUAUUAUAUAGGAUGGAGUUAUCUCUGUAAUUGAUAUUUUAUAAAAUCAUCAAAAACUAAUUUUAAAUAUUUAAGAUUGCUUAAAAUUAAGAGUGUCUCAUCAAGAUAAUUACAGUAUUUUGGCCACUGCCACAUUUAAUAAGAUUACAAUUUAUAAAUAUAUGAAUUAAAAUGAUUAUAAAAAAUUAGAAGAAUUAGAUAUUGAUAAUAUAGUUAUGAUUGAAUUUGCCAAUAAUAAUACACAUUUAAUUGUUAUGUCAAGAGAAGUGAAUACAAUAUUAUUAUGGAAACUUAAUUCUAUAAAAUCUAUAUAAUAAUAAAAAAAACCUAUUUCAUAAGAUAGUUGGAUUAUUAAUCAUUUUUGGGAAAAUAAUAUAUAAAAUUAAGAAUAAUCAUAAUAAUAAAUUGAAGUGGAUGAGAUUAUAAAAUUUGAUUCAGAGAGUGAUGAAGGAUUAAAUGAACAAAUUAAAAUAGUAUCUGAAACACCAAGAUUAGAUUUAUUGGCUUUAACAUUAGGAGUUUAACAUGCAAGUGAAAUAAAAAAAUAAUUAAAUCAAGUUACUUAAUAAAUUUAAGAGUAAAUUUAAAUAAAUAAAAUUGAUAUAAAAUAAGAGGAAUAAGAUUUAUUACAUAAUCCAUUUUAUGAAGAACAAAAAAGUAUGUAAGAAUUUCAAAAGAAACAAAAUUCUAAAAUUAUGAAAAGACAAUUAAUGAAAAAAACAUCUAAUCUUGAAUUAAAAUAAGAUUAAAUUAAGGAUUAACAAAAAAUUGAAUAAAAUUAUGCUAUUAUUAAUAGUAUUGCAUUACCUAAUUAAAGUUAUUUAGGAUAGAAAAAUCAAAAUUAAAUUGUAUAAUAUGAAAAAAUGCCUAUUUUAGAAAUGGAUAUAAAAAGAUUUGAAAGCAGUUAUGUUAUGAAAAAUAUUUAAUAGAGUAUUCGUAAUUAAUCUAAAUUCUAAAAUUCUUUUUAGCCUGAAAAUUCUAUCAUGUUAAAUUGCUCGUACAAUUUUACUGAAAGAAAACAGGAUACUUAGAAUUAUGAUGACGAAAAUCUACUAUAUGUAUUUGAUAUCAAAGAUAAAAUAGUAAAAUCAAUAGAUUAAUAUAGCCAAAUGUCAUUUGAGAUUGAUGAUGAUUUCAUUAAGUGAACUUAUUGAAGGUCUCAAUUAAAUACAAUAGCCAUUAAAAGAUAAAGUAUUAGUAGAAGUUGAUAAAGAUUUGGAAGCUAUUUGUUAAGAUGUAUAAGAUAUUAGAUAAGUUGAUUGUGAAUCAAUAGAAGAAAAUUAAGAAGAUUAAUAAGAAUAUAUAUGUAAUAUUAAAAUAUUAGUUUAAUAGAAAAGGUAGUUAGUUAAUGUAGUGAAGAAUUAUUUGAAAAUUAUGUUAAGAAUUUAUUUGGUUAAAUGUAUAAUUAAUAGUGA